AGAAAAGAAAUCCCUCUCUCUCUCUCUCUCUAAAACCAAACUUCAUCACAUUACAGCUCACACCCACAUCUCCUAAGUUUUGCAAUUCUUCAGUCUCAUUUCUGAGCAUCAAAUUCAGCUUCCAAUGGCUCUCAAUUUCAUCUUCCUCCUCAUUCUCUGUCUCACUGUUCCUCUCCAAGUCGUGUAUUCUUCUAGGAAGUUGGAUGAAACCACCGUGCCGGCCGGCGAUCGGAAAUGCUCGCCCUGUGGUGACUACAGCUCUCCACCACCCCCUCCUCCUGCGCUUCCACCGCCAUCUCCGCCGCCUCCUUCCCCAAAGAAAUCACCUUCACAGUAUUGUCCGCCACCGCCACCGCCCCCUUCUUUCAUCUACAUAACCGGUCCUCCCAGCAACCUGUAUCCGGUGGAUGAGAACUUCAACAGCGCAAGUCGCCGGAGUUUUCUGCCGGCGGCAGCCGUAUUGCCGGGCUUGUUGACCUUGCUUCUGGGCUUUUGGUGA